GUAUUUUGAGCAACAGUUCAGCCAUGACAACGGAUAAGGAGCCGCAAUCGGAAAAUGACCCCAGCAUGCGAAUUGGCACUAUCCUGGCCCGACCACCACCUGGUGAAGAACUAGUUAUAUCUGGCAUGUCAGGGUUCUUUCCGCUAUCGGCAAACAAUGACGAAUUCGAAUACAACUUGGAGAACAAAAUCGAAAUGGUCAGCCACGGGCCCAAAUUGCAUCCAGAACUGCCCCUUGGGUUGGGAUCCCUCAAGGACCGAACGCGCUUUGAUUCGGGAUUUUUCGGUAUCCCUCCGAACCAUGUGCGCUGCAAAAACCCCAUAAUUCGCAUGCUUUUGGAGAAAUGUUACGAAUCCAUCCUGGAUGCCGGCCUGCAUCCCUCUGACCUAGCGGGAACCCGAACCGGAGUGUUUAUAGGAGCAGGUUUUACCGAAUCGGAACUCCACUGGUACCAUUCGGAGCAAGUACCCGGCGGAAAUGUGAUCUUGGGGAAUCAGAAGUCGCAACAGGCCAACAAGCUCAGCUAUUUGCUGCGCCUACAAGGCCCUUCCUUCACGGUCGAUACGGCAUGCAGCAGCUCAGCCACCGCUGUCGACGUGGCCUACCGAGCGAUCAGAACAGGUCAAUGUGACGCCGCCCUCGUGGGCGGUACCAAUCUGUUACUGACGGACGGUCUGACGUUGCAGUUCAGUCGACUAGGAGUUCUGAGUAUGGAAGGUCGUUGCCGCCCGUUCGAUGCCGAUGGGACCGGUUACGUGCGCUCUGAGACCAUCGGCAUGCUUCUGAUCCAGAAAGCCAGAGACGCCCAUCGAAUCUACGCCACUGUGGUUCAUGCAAAAUCCAACUGCGAUGGCUACAAGGAGGAGGGCAUCACGUAUCCCAGUGGCGGCGAUCAGAAGCAGCUGUUCAAGGAAAUGUAUCUGGAGAGCGGCAUUGCGCCCUCUGCGGUCAGCUUUAUUGAGGCUCACGGCACUGGAACCCCUGUGGGCGAUCCAGAGGAAAUGAACGCAAUCGACCAGACUUUCACGGCGGGAAGAACCAGCCCCUUAUUGAUCGGUUCGGUUAAGUCCAGUGUUGGACAUGCUGAGGUGGCCUCCUGCUUGUGCUCGAUCGCCAAGGUCAUUCUGGGCUUUGAAAAGAACAAGAUCCUACCGAACAUCAAUUAUGUGCGACCCAGACCGAGUCUACAGGGCAUCUUUGCCGGCAGGAUCAAAGUCGUGGUGGAAAAUACAGCUUUCCCCCAGCAGAACAACAUCGUAGGGUUGAACAGCUUUGGGUUCGGGGGCGCAAACGUCCACAUGAUCCUCAAGCAGGGCGAGAAAGUAAGAGUAGGGCGCAGACAGCCCUUGGAUGCGCUCCCGCGCUUGGGGUGCGUCAGUGGGCGCACUGAGGCUGCCGUCCAUUGUCUUUUGGAUGAUGUUGCGCAGAGGUUCGACGAAGAGCACAUUGCUUUGGUGCACAACGUGUUCAGGAAGCCAAUUAAUAAUCAUAUUUGGAGAGGAUACGUCAUUGUUUCCCAAGCGGGAGUCACUCAGAAAUCGACCAAGGAGCGAAUCACCGCCAAAACCAAGCUGCGUGUGCUCUUUGGGGGGAUCUGGAGAACCCCAGCAAUUGCCUUGGGGACGCUGCUGGAUCUCCCGGCGCUCUCCCACUUUAAAUCCAGGUUACUGAACCUUUCCAGGCAAAAGCAUCUGGACCUAACAGCCAUUGGAGCCGACGUUCUGCGGAACGCCCUCAUCCAGAUGGCAUAUGCCGAGCUUCUGAAGGUGCUUCAAAUCGACAUCGACCGGGUUCGGGGGCAUUCGCUGGGAAAAUUCUGCAGCGCCUACUACGACAACUCCCUAACCUUGGAGGAGUAUCUAGAAUGCAUGUGUGUCAUCGCCAAUGAGAUGGACGCUUGUGGAAUGUCCAAGGAGUCAAACAGCCUCAAAACUGCAGAUCUGACGUCUGCCAGCAAAAGCAAGCUUCAAAGUGAGUUCGCCCGGAUUCUAGAAGCGCGUCAGCACGUUAAUGGGUUCGGGAGCCACCAAGUCCAACUGAAGUCUGCUAAGUAUUUCGCCGCGGCUCUUUCCGAGCCCCUUUCAGGCCGGCGCCCUUCCAACCCGAAAAACUGGGUGACUUUGGAAAUAGGCCAGAGCACAUCAACAGACGACAGCAACGACAGGGUGCUCGAUCUGUACGGGCAAGACGAUCUUCUCGGCGUUUUGGAUGUUAUUGGCAGGCUGUUCGAGUGGGGACAAAAUCCCCAAAUCCAACUGCUCUACCCCCGGGUUCAAUUCCCGGUCAGUCGGGGAACGCCGGGAAUUUCCUCGAAAAUCAAAUGGAAGCACGACAAGCAACAAGUGCUGAUCACAUUCGGCUGCGCCUUGAAGCUGAAGAAUGCCUCCCAGAUCCCCAUCAACAUCCAAAACGUGGAAUGGAUGGGCCUGGAUGGACACGUCGUCGAUGGUAGGAACCUGUUUCCUGCCACCGGCUACCUCUUCACAGCCUGGUUGUUGCUGUCCAACUACCAUGCGCUGGAGGUAAACCAGACGAAAGUGAUCUUCGAAAAUUGCAAAUUCCUGCGAGCGUGCACAAUAAACAAGAGCGGAGAACUGAAACUGGAAAUCACGAUGCAGACGCACAGUGGAAAAUUCGAAAUCACCGAGAGCAACGUGCCGGUGGCGACCGGAUACUGCCGAAUGGAUAAGAGCGACAGCACCGAAUCAAACCAACCCUUGCUGGGCGCUGACUGGUGCGGACCGCUCAAAACCAAAGACAUCUACAAGGAACUGAGGCUCAGAGGAUACGGUUACAAGGGCAUUUUUCGGAGCGUGGUUGAGUGCAACAAUGCGGCCACUGCCGCAAAAAUCAAAUGGACCAACAACUGGAUCGCCUUCCUGGACAACGCCCUCCAUUUGACACUGCUGCAGGCGGACACCCGGAUGCUGUACGUCCCAACUGGCAUUCGCAAGCUGCGAAUCGACCCCGAAAUCGUGCUGCAGGAAGUGCAGGCGCGCAAGCAAGACGGCCUGGACACCGUCAUUCCCAUCACCUCGAACCCGAAAACUGGAAUGAUGCAGUGUGCAGGAAUCGAGCUAGCGGGCUUGUCUGCUUCGUCAAUACCCCGGAAGAAAAUCACCGCGCUUCCGGUGCUGGAAAAGUACGUGUUUGUGCCAAACCACUGCAAACUCACGCGCAAUGAGGCCAUCAGGGUGUUUAUGCAGAUCGUGGUGGAGGAAACUCAAACCGUCAAAGUAACCGCAGUGGAACUGAUCGACGAUGCCAACCAAGAGGAUUCAGCGCCACUAGGACCUUUGCUGAAGGCCACAUUGGAGGACCUGCCGCUCAUCAGAGCCGAUAUAACGCUGCUGAGCGCUCAGCCGAUCGAAACCGACCUCGAAGUGGAGAGCAAAAGCCUCGCAGAGAUGACCGAGAAGACCGUUGUGGUAGCUAGCAAACUGCUGAGCAGGGCUCUGAUCCUGCAACAGGCCAUCCGAGCAGCCAAUGAGCGCGGCUACUUGAUCAGCCGCGAACCAAUCAGCGCUCAGCCUCCAGUCGCCAGCCUGCCCUCAAUCGACGUGAUAAGUGCGCUGCAAACCGAGGACGAAACGCUGGUUCUGCUCAGGAGAAAACCCAGCCAAUCACGCGCCAGAACGUUUGUAAACGUCAGCAUGCAGUCGCGGCCAAUCCGGUGGCUGGCUGAGCUCAAAAAGGCCAUCAAGACCAACCAGGACGUCGUGCUGUGGUGUCAGCACGAACCUUUGAACGGAAUAUUAGGUUUGGUAAACUGCCUCAGGAGAGAACCGGAUUGCGGCCAAGUUCGAGGGCUGUUUAUAGUGGACAGCGCGCCCGAAUUCGCCCCAGACCUGCCCUUCUACCAGCAGCAGCUGGACAAAGAUGUGGCCAUGAGCAUUUACAAGAACGGCGCAUGGGGCACCUAUCGGCACCUACUUCUUGGCGACUUGAAGCCUGUGCAAAAAGAGCACUGUUACGCCAACAGCACUGUCCGAGGCGACCUCUCCAGCAUCAAGUGGAUCGAAGGACCGCUCACCAGAAACGUUGAGCCGAAGGCUCAAGAAAAGCUGGUGGAGGUCUACUACUCCUCAUUGAACUUUCGGGACGUCAUGCUGGCCUCAGGCAGAAUCAACGUGGACGUGUUGACCAAGGACAGACGCAAGCAGGACUGCGUGCAAGGCCUGGAAUAUGCAGGCAAAACCUUGAGUGGGAAGAAAGUGAUGGGAAUGCUGGCGCAAGGAACCCUCUCCACUUUGGUCGAAGCCGACCCCUGCCUCUCAUGGGACGUGCCGCAAGGAUGGUCAUUGAGGGAGGCCGCAACAGUGCCCGUCGUCUACGCAACCUGCCUCUAUGCUUUGGAAGUUGUGGGGAAGCUAAGGAGCUGCGACACAGUGCUGAUUCAUUCAGGGACCGGAGGGAUCGGGCAGGCCGCCAUCAACUUGUGCUUGGCCAAGGGCUGCACUAUUUUCACCACUGUGGGCACCCGGGAGAAGCGCGAGUACUUGAGGAAAAACUACCCGCAAAUCAACGGUCGGUUCAAAUUCACAAUCCAAUCAUCACCUCCUAAAAAAAAUGAAAUAAUCCAACAAAGCUUGAUAACUCGGCUUAGGUACUGUUGCGACCCAUCAAAGUCCUACGUGAUAUGUGGAGGCCUUGGGGGCUUUGGACUGGAAUUGGCCGACUGGUUGGUACUCAGAGGAGCGCAGAACCUGGUGCUGACAUCCCGAAAGGGCAUCACAACUGGCUAUCAGCAGCAAAGAACCACGCUGUGGCAAAGCUAUGGGUGCAAUGUGAAAAUAUCCACGCAAGACAUCACGGUUCCCUCAGGAUGCGAGGCUCUGUUAGGAGAAGCCAAUGCCUUGGCGCCUGUUAAGGCCGUCUUCAACCUGGCGGUGGUGUUGCAGGACGCCACACUCCCCAAUCAGACUGAGCAGAGCUUUGAGGUGUCGUUCGGGCCCAAAGCGGACGCCACCAGGUUUCUGGACAAAGCCACCAGGAGACUGUGUCCAGAACUGAGUGAUUUCGUGGUGUUUUCUUCCGUGUCGUGCGGCAGGGGAAACGGCGGUCAAACCAACUAUGGCAUGUCCAAUUCGGUAAUGGAGAGAGUAUGCGAGAGGCGACGCCACGAUGGAUAUCCAGCGGUGGCGAUAGAAUGGGGAGCCAUCGGCGACGUGGGCCUGGUGGCCGAAAUGUUCGAGGAGCAAGUGCAGCUGGAAAUAGGGGGCACUCUUCAGCAAAGCAUCGCCAGUUGCUUUCAGGUGUUGGACCGGCUGCUGAGGCAAACCGAAGCGGCGGUUGUGUCCAGCAUUGUGGUCGCUGAGAAGAAAGCUUCCACUGGCUCCAGCAGUAUUCUGGAUGUCGUUGCCGGCAUUAUAGGAAUCACCGACCUGAAGUCGGUCAGUCUGCAGUCCACUCUAGCCGAAUUGGGCAUGGAUUCAAUGAACGGGGUCGAGAUGAAGCAAACGCUGGAAAGGGAGUAUGGGAUUGUGUUCUCGCCCGCCCAGCUCAGAGGCGUCACACUAGCGCGAAUCUUGGAACUGCACCAAAGUGGAAAUGGUGCAGAGUUGGAGCAGUCGAAAGAAUUUGACUUGAAAGACUUCUUGAUGUACCUGCUAACAGAAAGCGACUUGCGCGACUCUUCCAUCGCGAAGCUCCCGAGCUUAGGGGCAGCCAACGGCUGCCAACGAUUGAGCAAACUGAUAGCUUUUCCAGGCAUCGAAGGACAGUGCGAGCUCUUAAAAGCCCUAACCCAAAAACUGGAGGUGGAUGCCAUUGGGUUAAGCUACACCAGCGGCCUACAAGCGGACAACAUUCCAGAAACCGCUGCUCGAAUUAUUCCCUUCGUCAGGGACCUUCUGGAACCGAACGAACCAUUCCACCUUGUGGCCCAUUCGAUGGGCUGUUGCGCAGCUUUGCAAGUUGCCAGCGAUUUGGAGCAUUUGGGACUAGUGGGAACGAUUAGCUUCAUCGAUGGGUCACCCGCUUUCAUCAAAGAGCUCUCCGCUAAAAUGUCUGGUGCAGAUUGGGAAAGUGUUGUGCUUUGUAGCGCGCUAAGCUUGCACGUGAACGAAGCCCAAGUCGUUGAGUUUGCGCAAGAGCUAUCGAAAAUAUCGUCGAGCAGCAAGCGGCUCGAGCUCUAUCUAUCCAAGUUUCAAUACGACGAGAAAAUUACAAAAUCGUUGGUGCUGAAUAGCACCAAUAUGGUGCUGAACUUAAUGAAAGCCUGCAUGAGCUACCAUCCAACGAUUGGAAAAUUGAAAUCCAAAGCGCGACUGUUCAAGCCAACUAUGGUAUCAAUCUCGUUCGAAGCUGAGGACUAUGAGUUGGGCCAGUACUUUGAACAACCGGUUGAAGUCUUGGUGCUGGAGGGCGAUCAUAGGACCAUUUUGAACAACGAUGAACUAGCCGAGUCGAUCAUGAGCUCCUGUAGGGCUGCCAAUGGCUUUGUCGAGGAAUAGUGGGGAAUAUGCAAUAUUGCAAUAAAUUUGUCAAUCUGA